AUGAACUCUGACAAAAACAUUAACAACGUUGCACUGCACGCGGAGUUCGUCAGUAUUAUAUAUAUGCGAAUUUUAUGUUUUCAAGUGAUAUUGAGGACAUAAUCACGCUUCUUGAGUCAGAAUUAGUCAGAAAGGAAGUAAUAGAAUGCAUUAAUUCAUUUGGAAAAUAGGCUUGUGACGACAACAAAAUAUGCGGCCCCAAAACUGGUCCAAAGGACUGUCACCAAAACACCAGGUACUCACUCUGUACUCUAAACGUGAAGGUGUUCACCUCUCUCCAUUGGCGGCUGUGAAUUUAGUCCUGGGCUAACUUGCAAUGGGAUUAAUCGGUAGCGAACACUACUACCUUAUGCUUUCCCGUCAGGUCAUGUGACAGGCUGCGAUGCCUUGGUUGCGAUCACGAAGUCUUAAUCUUUGAUGACAAAGAAUGGACAAAGAAUACUGACUAUUUGUUUCUUAGAAAUAACUACCCCGACGCUGACUCACUGAAAAAGAAUUUACGAGCAAAAAGAAGUAAGCUGUUGGCACUCCUUGUUGAAAGACGCGUUAUUGUUAUGUUUGCUAUUUUGGAAUCGUGAACGUAAACCAAGCACGACUUAUCUAGGUCGACGGGACAAACCUAACCGCAGACUAUCCGACACUGAGGCCUUGUGUGGAAUGAACAGCAUCUCGUGCCCGACGAGUAGAAAUGGCCAUUUCUACUCGUCGGGCACGAGAUGCUGUUCAUUCCGGACCACCGUACCAAAUUUUACAUUUUUUGUCCGAAGUUAAGGAAUGAAAGUCAAAGCAACUCGGGCUUAUGAAAUUCUGCGUAAAUAGACUGUGAACGAACGAAACCCCUAGUGCCAAUAGGUACCACAUAUGUUACAGUAGAAAAUUACUCUAAAUGCGCUCUCCAAGAAUUACGGCGUGGAGAGCUUUGCACGAAUUUUGUGGUUUAACUAAUAACUCUUUAGUUGUAAAAGUAAAAAAAGCUGAGAAACCACGGCUUACUACGCGCUACAACAGGAUCUUUAGCCAGAACGUUGACGACCCUCAUUUCCCUUUGAAAAAUAACCCUUAUUCUCGUGAUACUUCAAAGGAGACCCGUAGAUGACUUUUAAAAAGGCCCAUGGGCAUCUGCGGAACCUCGCCAGAUACCAGUUAUUCCGGAGUAAGUUCAGGUGACCCAUAUGGUCUGCGCCAGCAUACAGGACGUGCCGUGGUGUCAGUGAGCAAUGCAAAUCUCGACGGCUUAUACUUCGUACUUAACUGCAUUUAAUAAUCACUCAGAAUUUAUUUCACGGGCGGACGUCCAGUCACUACAAGAGAUCUGUCGGUCUGCCCCUAUAAACUCUUGUUAGGCCCUAAAGCGGGAGAAGAGCAAUGUAUGGUUAUAUACAGGAAGCACACUAAUCCUGUAACUUGGGAUUUUGUUCACCUGGAAGCCCGAUAUACUCAAUCACAAAUCAUAGAGUUGCAGUCAAUGCUUGGGGUUUCGAUGUGACCCCUUAAUUGCUAAAGACGUGGUAUGACACCCACUCCCUGUAAAUGCUAGUGCACGGUCCGACAAACUAGCCCGUAUCACAAGGAUAGAAAACGGUUGAAUGAGGAGGGCGCAAUUGCAUUACGACGCAGGCCCAAUAACGGUCUAAAGUUCAAAACGCGGAUAAGCAAGGACAGCUGGGUACUGAUCUCCAUGCCCCAGGUAGUAUACUCUGCAAUCUUAAAGGGAAUGAAAGUCACAGAACAGUUAGGCGAGUGGGACGGGUGCGAACCCACUGGACCGAAGAAUCACCGCGACUAAUUUAAAGAGCUUCAGACAUAGCGCAGCCCUCAUCGGAGGAGUCAUUAUUCGCAUAACUUAGUUAACGUUUGCCGAAAAUAACUCGUUUUGGCCAAAAACCAUUGACGCGUAUUACUUUUGAAAAGUAAAGCCAUGUGACAUUUCAGACUCCCGGGCAUUCUGCUGUCAGUGCAGUUGGACAAAUGCGACUAGACUCACGCGAAUAGACCCAACAAAGAUCAAUUGGAUUUGCACAAGGCACCCGACUUGA